UUUAACUUAAGUUAGCAAAAGUCACAGUUUUUUAAUUAAGCUUACAAUCAUGUUCGAACGUAACCAGAAAACCAUAUUUGUAUUGGACCACACUCGCUAUUUCAGCAUUUCUAGUGAGCAAUAUAUAUCAAUGGACUAUCUAAAAGGCAAGCCGGUCGCCGAGUCACCAGGCAGUGGUAGCUCGAUAGUUGGGACUCAGUUAAGUAAAAGCUUAUGGACGUGUGCUGUCGAGUCAUCCAUAGAGUAUUGUCGCAUAGUUUGGGAUCUGUUUCCUGGGAAAAAGCAUGUGCGCUUUAUUGUCUCUGAUACGGCGGCGCAUAUAGUAAACACCUGGAGUCCGAGCACUCAAAAUAUGUCGCAUGUAUCUAACGCCAUGAUGAUGGUAAGCGUACCAUCACGCAGCAUUCCGCAAUCUUCAGACUAUUCAGUCAUACAUGGAUUGCGAGCUGCCAUCGAGGCAUUGGCCGAGCCGACAGAUGAGCAACUGCAAGCAGCUCAUGCCGGCUGCAAACGAAUUGGUAAUAAGGGCCGUGUCAUUUGCAUCACAUCAGCGCGGGAUAAUACUAGCAUGAAAAGCUUAGAGGACAUAUUUAAUACGGUACUAAUACAACAGAAUGCGUUGGUUGCACCACCUUCCAAAAAAGGCUUGCAGAUCGAUCAUUGCCAUCUAGUAAUAUUGAACAUCGUGCCAUUGGGAGUGGAAUCCUUGGUGACAAAUCGAAGUUUGCUUGAAAUAUCUCCGUUUCUUAAUGCUGAAAUACACACAGUCAAUGCACCGGAAAUUUCGGAUAAGCUACUGCAUCUUAUAAUGGGUCAUUACGAUCUGGCCAGCACUACCGUCACCAACAUACCCAUGAAAGAGGAACAAAAUGCCAAUUCCAGCGCUAAUUAUGACGUCGAAAUAUUGCACGAACGUGCCGCCCAUACCAAAGUGUGUGGGCCAGAUUUUACUUUCACUACCAGUAUCAAGCCGGGAACUGCCUACGAAACAGUUACCCUCAAAUGGUGCACGCCGCGUGGCUGUGGCUCUGCGGAUCUACAACCAUGUGUGGGUCAGUAUAAUGUUACGCCCGUCGAUGUCACUUCGCGGCCCAGCUCUUGUUUGAUCAACUUUCUGUUAAACGGCCGCUCUGUACUCCUGGAGGUGCCUAGGAAAUCAGGCACGAAGACAACCAGUCACAUGCUGUCCGCUCGUGGCGGUGAAAUCUUUGUGCACUCCCUUUCGAUUGCACGCUCGGCUAUGGAUGAGGCGCCAUCAAUAACCGACGGACCCGGCGGACGUGUCACCGACUACCGCAUACCAGAAAUGGGCCAACUACUUAAGAUGUCGCGCUUGGUGCCCCUAAAGACUAGGCCCAAGGGCAAAUGCUCCCAAGGAGAACAUCUAUGGAGGCGAAUGCCGCGAUACUUUCCCAGAACAGCCAAUGUGACGAUUCUGUUCAAUUUGCAGCGACAGCUGAGCUGGCUGCCACACUUUCUGCAUUUGCUAGUUAAGGAGGAUAUGGACAAGCAGGAUGAGGUGCGCUGCCAGCAACAGAUCCACGAGCUAUACAAAAGCGCAUCGCGUGGCGACCUGCUGCCUUUUAGCAAUUCAAAUAACGCACGCCUAAAGGUAAACAAAACCAAGGACCAGUACCGACUAUUCUAUAGAGAGUUGGAACAACUCAUUCAGCUUAAUGCACAUACGCCUCAUCACAAGAAUCUGCUGGAAAGUCUGCAAAGUCUGCGCGCGGCCUAUGGAGAUGCCUCCAACAAGUCGGAGCCAGGUGCAGCUCACUUGCGCUCCUAUACUGAAUCGCCCCUCUCACCUGAACGCCUUGAGCCGACCAAUAGUGUCAGCAGUUCGUCCGGCAACAUAUUAAAAGCCAGCAAGCGGCGCAUGUCUAGCUGUGGACAACGGUCGUUGCUUGAUAUAAUCAGCUCAGCCGAACGGAGUCAAUCGAGCAAACGCUUGGAUUUUUCUGGACGGCUUUGUACGCCGGCGGGCCAAACGGCCAAAUUGUAUCCUGAAUUUGGAAAUAAGGAUAAAGACAUCCUAACCCCUGGCGUUAUUCCAUCAAGUUUAAAAGACGAAUCAAUUCGAAGUUGAGUGGGCAACGAUAGAUUGGACUAGGCAACCAAAUGCUAGCAGAUUCAAUGUCUAACCUUAUCUCAACCGAGUUUUUUCAUAAUUAUCUUUCUGUGUGUUUUCCAUAAGGAAUGCUUUUUCUCUAAGCACUCUGUUAGGUUUGUGUAAUCAUUUGUAGGUAGAUUAAGUAAGAAUAUUUAUAUAAACAGAAGAUUUUAAAUUUA